ACGUGCAAGGACACGCCCGACAGGGCGUCUCCGUUUGAUCUGUCGUUUGCCACUAAAUUUCUCGCCCUUUAUCUGUUUAUCCAAGUCAAGGGAUCGCGGCCAAUGACGUAUCAGUAUCUGACUGUGGACAUGGUGCGCACUGCCAAGACUAACGGAGGUUUUGUCGACCAGAAAAUGUUCAAAACAGCGGGCAAGUACGGCUUCGACUCGCUCCUUCUGACCGACACAAACACGAGUGUGCUCGAGGGAUACAUAACUUACAUUCGCCCGCUACUCAAACCCAAGUGUGAGUACGUCCUAGUUACGAGAAACGGGGGUCAGCACAACAAGCUCGGUGAGCUGAUGAGCAAACUUGUGUUUGAAGCGACUGGCAAGUAUGUUCACCCCACACGAUACCGACAAAUCGUCGAGACGUCUAGCUGUAAAGUGCUAAAAAGUGCCGAUCAAAGCGCCAUCUCUGAAGAUCAGAAGCACAGCUCGAACGUCGCCAAAGUGCACUGUCGCAAGCAGCGUUCACGCGAAGUCGCCACAAAGGCGCGCGAAUGCCUCGAAAAACUACACGGCGACAGUGGCACCAAGCUGGACAAAGAGGUUCUAACGAGGCUCUCCGACCUUUCAAACUCUUCAGAGGAUCAAGACGACUGCACGAAGUCGUGCUCUUCAACGGACGAAGUUCAAGAAAUCUCCACACCGCCAGCAGCGAGAAUGAAGCCUUCAGCCCGAAAACUACCGGCAAAGCAGAAGCGCGAAGACGCUUUUUUGAUGACAGAACUAUGCCCGGCUCGCAGAAAAUCGCUUUUAUUUACGCCCGAAGAGGACAAGUAUCUUAAAGUUGGUCUCAAAAGAUACGGGUUCGGGCAGUGGACUUCGAUCUUAAGAGACCCCGACUUCCAUUUCCAAAAAGGGAGGAGCCCCAACUCGUUGCUCAAUCGAGUAAACAGAAAAUACGGCACCAUGGUAGCCACUUAGUGGACAGGAAAGGCUAGGUGGGACAUGAUGUACUUACAGUCAUUCUAAUUUUGGCGUUUCGACAUGUUUCUUUGUAUUUAGUAAAACUGAAUGUAUCACGCCACAAGAUCGGACUAACAAGCGUCUUACAAAGUGUGCAUUACGAAUACCCUUAAUUGUAUUUGUGUAGGUAAAAUACCUUUAAUCUCUUAAGUAAUCUUGACAAUUGGUGUCAUUACGUAGCGUUGUGCGUAUAUGCAGGCACACGACUUUAUUCAGACUUUAUGGCGACUUUGUUAUGCAGAGUAUCAGGAAGAAUAUCGUGUUUACAGAACAUUAAAAAGAUUACAUUUGGCUGAGAAAACCGUCAAGUCUUGUUUGCCCUUUGUCUGUCGGUUGCGGUUUACGAAACUUGAGUCGGUUGCGUCGUCCCUUGGGAGUCUGGGUGAGGGAACGGCGCUUGGCCGGUGUAGUGAAUGCCAUCAAUUAUAUCCCUGGUGAUUCCCAUCUGUUUGGUUUUGGGCUCCAUGAUGGGUUCUUUGGUAUC